UAAAAACCUGGUGAUGUAUCUCCCCCUCUCAUUCUCUCCGUCACACACACACACUUCUGCCUCACACAAACACAGAGACACACACAAGAGGCGGUUCUCUCCAGUCCCUCUCCAUCAGAAACAAUUGACAGCCAGGCAGGCUAGCUGCAUCCUCUGGUAGCUAUAGCAGCAGCGCAGACAGCGACUAGCCGCCUCUACUGUCUGCUGCAUCUGUCAGCUGGCCGCCUGAUACGUGGAGCCUUUUGUGUCUCCCGAGAGUCCCGACUCCCAUUUGUGCUCUCUAUUGCGGGGGCUAAAGGAAACAACCAACAGCCACACCAAUGGACAUGAUGGGGAAGAAAGAACGCAGGGGCUGGGACUUCAAAGGCUUGCUGAAGAGGAACUGGCUGCUUAUUGCAACCAUUGUGUCGGUGCUGUUAGGGAUAGGUCUUGGGGUGGUGGUCAGGGAAUAUGCCUCCCUCUCCCACCUUCAUAAGCAGUAUUUUGGCUUCCCGGGAGAGAUCCUGAUGCGGAUGCUCAAGCUGGUCAUCCUGCCCCUAAUCAUCUCCAGCAUGAUAACAGGAGUCGCCGCCCUGGAUUCGGAAGUUUCUGGAAAGAUAGGUUUGAGGGCUGUGGUGUAUUACUUCUCCACCACCAUCAUCGCAGUUAUUCUGGGUAUUGUAUUGGUGAUGACCAUCAAACCUGGUGUCUCUCAGGAGGCCGAACAUAUCGACAGGACAGGGACCACACCAAACGUCACCACUGUCGACACUCUACUGGAUCUUGUCAGAAACAUGUUUCCUGAAAACCUACUGCAGGCUUGUUUCCAACAGUACAAGACAAAGCGCAAAGAGCUGGAACCACCUAAAGUGAAGGGGAACACUACAAUUACAAUGUUCCCUCCUCUCUCUACCGCUGUCAUGGCAACCAUUUUCCCCCCAGAGAACAUCACCAAGGACUAUAAGAUAGUCGGGUCAUAUUCUGAUGGGAUCAACGUGCUGGGCCUCAUCGUGUUCUGUGUGGCGUUCGGCCUUGUCAUCGGCAAGAUGGGCGAAAGGGGACGCAUUCUGCUGGAAUUCUUUGACGCUUUAAACGAGGCCACCAUGAGGCUAGUCCAGAUUAUCAUGUGCUACAUGCCAGUGGGGAUACUCUUCCUCAUAGCUGCCAAGAUCAUUGAGGUAGAAGACUGGGAGAUCUUCAGAAAGAUGGGCCUCUACAUGGUGACAGUGCUGAGUGGCCUAGCUAUCCACUCCACCAUUUGUCUGCCGCUGAUCUACUUUGCCAUUGUGAGGAAGAACCCGUAUACCUUUACCUUAGGGAUGGCCCAGGCACUGGUCACUGCUCUAAUGAUCUCUUCCAGCUCUGCCACCCUGCCGGUCACCUUCCGCUGUGCCGAAGAGAACCUCCGGAUCGACAAGAGGAUCACCCGCUUCGUGUUGCCUGUGGGCGCCACUAUCAACAUGGAUGGCACGGCUCUCUACGAGGCGGUUGCUGCCAUCUUCAUUGCCCAGCUCAACGACUACUCUCUGGAUGUGGGUCAGAUUGUCACCAUCAGUAUAACAGCAACAGUAGCCAGCAUCGGAGCUGCCGGUGUACCUAACGCUGGACUUGUCACCAUGGUGAUUGUGCUGACUGCCGUUGGACUACCUGCAAAUGAUGUCACUUUAAUUGUUGCUGUGGAUUGGCUACUAGACCGCUUCCGCACCAUGAUCAACGUGCUGGGGGAUGCCUACGGAGCUGGCAUUGUCCAGAAGCUGUCCAGGCGGGAGCUGGAGAGGAUGGACAUCACCUCGGACGUGGACGUGACCAACCCCUUCGUCCUGGAGACCACGCUGGACGAUGAGGAGUGUGAGAAAAAGUCUUAUGUCAACGGCGGCUUCACCAUCGAUAAGACCGACGCCAUCUCCUUCACCGAGACUUCACAGUUUUAGGAAGGAGGGCGGGGAGCCAAGAAGUGCCAUUGCUGCUAGAUGUUAGCCUGGUGGUCCCAUCCUGUUUGUAAGCAUGUUUCUAGAUCUGUUUGUGCUGUCUUGCCAACUCCUAUGGUCAUUGGCGUGACAACGAGUAUUGGUGUUGGCGAGACAACACAAACAGACCUGGUACCAGGCUAGUCUGUUUGUGAUUUAGCCAACUCCUGUCUAUGUUCGUUCAUUGCCAUGUAUACAGUGUAGUACGGCUUGACAAGGAUAGAAGAGUUGGCUAUAGCCAGGGGUGAAAGUCAAUUUAAUUUCUUCCCAGUACGGGACUGCCUAUGUGUGUACGCACUUCAUCAUAGAAUUGCAUAUAGAAUCCCUAUUCAUUCGUAAAGAUUUAUAAUUAAGGCUUCCCGUGUGGCGCAGCGGUCUAAGGCACUGCGGUGCUUGAGAUGUCACUACAGAUCUGGGUUCAAACCCGGGCUGUGUCCCAGCCGGCUGCGACUGGGAGACCCGUGAGGCGACGCACAAUUGGCCCAGUGUCGUCCAGGCUAGGGGACAGUUAGGCCGGCUGGGAUGUCCUUGUCCCGUCACACUCUAGCGACUCCUGUGGCAGGCGGGGUGCAUGCACGCUGACACGGUCGCCAGUUGGACGGUGUUUCCUCCGACACAUUGGUGCGGCUGGCUUCAGGGUUAAGCGAACAGUGUGUCAAGAAGCAGUGCGGCUUGGCAGGGUCAUGUUUCGGAAGACGCGCGGCUCUCGACUUUCGCCUCUCCCAAGUCUGAACGGGACUGUAACUACCAAUUGGAUAUCACCAGAAAAAGGGGUAUAAUGUUUUGUCAUUAAAAAAAUGUAAAUGUGGCAUAAACACAACUAAUCAUUAUGUUUUAAUCUGUUUGUCCAACAAUCACUUCAAAAGGGCUCCUUUAGCCUAUUAGUCUACUCGUACACAAUCAUCCACUCAAAAUAUAUUUCCAGCCUCCAAACAGUGGUGAAUGGAAAGAGACACAAAACACCACAAAGUGUAAUGACAUUUUGACAAUUGUCAUUAGGCCACAAUCUAUGCGCCCACUGCUGUUCGUUAGCGUCUUGGUGUCGGCCAUUCAUCUCUGCCUUGGGAAAAUGUCAGUGUUCUUGUCGAGCCACAUCGCAUUUUUGGAGCGUAGGCUAUCCCACCCGUUCAAGUCCAUUUGCUCAUUUUUCAUGCCUCUGACAUGCGGUAGCCUAUUGAUAAAUAAUGGUGUAAUGGUUCUUGAAAUUAUUUUAUUGAAAUAUUGUGACAGGCUCAUGUUUACCAGUACGGCAUAACCCCACUAUUUAUUUUGCUGGGAGGCCAUACUGCACCGUACCGUCUUGCUUUGAUCCCUGGCUAUAGCAUAUACAGUAUACGACCAGACUUGGUAGAAAUGUGAGGGGGGUUCGAAGCUAUUCAUAAAACCAGCGCUUGUAAAAGGGAGGAAAAAAACAUGACAUGAGACACUUUCAAGCUCGAACGUUUGCAACAUUAGCCACCAUGUGUUUUCUCUAAGAGCUAUCAUCCUGCUUUUUAACCACGAGCGGAAAUCCUUCAAAUGAGCUGGAAAGUGUCUGAAUUGGCACCCUAUUCCCUAAAUACGCCCUGGUCAAAAGUAGUGCACUAUGUAGGGAAUAAUGUGCCCUUUCAGACAGUCCCAUGCUCUCCUUUACUAAAAGCGCUUCCAUCGUUAUGUUGACAUAAUGAACACAGUCACUUUUGAACAAAUCGAUACUUUUGUUAUUGUUUUUACAUAAAGGGAACUAGGAUAUGGGGACUACAAGAGGAGUCAAGAGCUUUUGAAAUUCAUACCUCCACCGUGGGUGUGCAGGUAUGUGUUCUGGUGGCCGUUUGUCUGUUUGUAUUUGUGUCUGAGAAAACGUAAAUAAUAUAUCGCCGGGCUGAGCUGUGUAAAUGUAUUGCAAAAAAGAGCAUGGAAGAAGAAAUACAACUAUAUUCCAGACGUUCAAUAUACUGUGUAUUGCAAAGAUUCAAACAGACUUUCAUAAACUACAGUGUUCCGUUUUGUUUGCCCUCCCGGAAGAUAACUACUCUUUACAAACGUCUUUUCAUUUUUGCCAAAAUUCUUGACAAUUGUGUGUGUAUUGUUAAUGUUAUU